AUGGACUCGACGCAUCGUUGGUUGACACGCUUUUGGCCACGGAGCUGUACGACAUUGCACUUGUGGCGUUUGCUAAACAGUCGACCGACGACGACGACGAAGAUGACGAAGAUGACUAUGCUUACGAGCCCAAGAUUGAAAACAAAGUCGCUGCGUGCACGCCGCACCCACGGUGUCAGAUCCCCGCCGACGUUGUUGCGGCACUUAUUGGUAGCUGCGUCGACAUGGUUCUCUGUGACGGCACGUCAUUGGACGACGACGAGUUUAAGUGCCCGCCGGUCGCGCUCGUCUUUUGGCUGA